UUCAUCAAAUCAUAGAAGUAUAAAACUCCUCUCCUCAAAUAGACCAAGAACGACGGCGGCGACAACAACGACGAAAACAGCAAGAUGAGUUCAACAAGCAGAGCAUGGAUUGCGGCCACGUGCGUUGGGGCCGUGGAGGCGUUAAAAGAUCAGGGAUUCUGUAGGUGGAACUGUACCAUGAGGUCGAUACACCAGCAUGCCAAGACCAAUCUCCGGUUCUUCCCGCAGGCCAAUAAACUGUCUCCUUCGUCAUCGGCCAUGGUUUCGUGGGAGGAGAAGGCCGAAGAGGCGGAAGAGUCACUGAGGAAAGUUAUGUACUUGAGCUGUUGGGGUCCAAAUUGAGAUCAAUCAAUCUCUUUCAUAGCUCAAUUUUACUAUUUUUUCCAUUUUUUUUGAAUGUGACAUAUAAUGUAGCCGAUUCCAUGAAAUUGGAAUUAAGAAUGUAAAAAUUCCAUGGGUA